AUGACUGAAGCAAGGGCGUACCCCCAUGUGCGACUAGAUUACUGCAUUAGCGACCAUCUUAUCUUCCGUGUACCCGAUACCUGGUAUACGGGAGCUCAACAGCCAGGGGAGUCGACAAUGAUUUGCCAAUUGACCGAGUCCAAGACCCCGAUCCAUCAAUCACGAUGGUUGUACGGGGUACAGAUGGACAAUGCCGGGUCGGCGGAAAUGAAGCUGGCUGUCGCACGGCUAGCUGACCAUGAGACAGGCAAAAGGCACCUUGUUGCCGUGCCGGACUGGCGAGUCGCUGGGACUUUUUUUCUGGGGCAUGGAUUACUCGAUUGGGUGCGUCGUGCAUCGCAACUUGAAGCCGGCGCGAAUCCAAGCGCGAGUCCCGUGCUGGUGGAGAGGGCAAGAGGAGGAGAAAGCCAUCGACGGUCCAGUCAGCGUCGUUAGGACAUCGACCUAGGGAGAAUAAAAUCCCUCAUACAAACCGCUCUUAGGCCGACGUCGGCCAUUAAGGUACAAGGCUCUAACUCUUAGUCGCCUUAGCUGCAGGCCAAUGACACCACCGCAGCAGGACUUUUGAUCCUGGGCGCGGAGGUCGAUAAGCGGACGUAUUAAUCCUUAAUCCUAUUCCUGGGUAGCUCAGUCGGUGUUUGUUAGGUUAAUGCUAUUCUUAUCCGGCGUUGAUCCCGG